AUGGCUUUCGACAUUCGUGACGAGGAUGAGCAGCACCACGACGAGUUCGAUGAGUACGAGGAUGUAAAACAGUCAGAGCGUCCAAAAUUCUACCGUCGACGCAAAUUCUGGAUAUGUUGUAUUCCUACUACCAUCGUUGUCGUCGUCGUUGCCGUCAUCCUGGCGCUUUAUGUGAUUAUGCCCAAAAUCGCACAGGGUCUAAUGAACAAGUCCACGAUUAAUUUUUCUGAAAUUGACAUUACCAAUCCUACAGCUACAACUAUGGAUAUUAUUAUGAAAGGUGACAUGCAAAAUACUGGCCCAUUUCACGCUGAAAUUUCUUUCCCUGGCGAGGUUACUGUCUCUUGGAAUGGCACUGUUCUCGGCACCACCCAAAUCCCAGGUUCUAGCGAAGCUGCAGGAGGUUCCGGUACCUUGGACUUGAAGAGCAGCUUCACAGUCACCAACUCAUCUGCCUUUGCCGAGUUCUCAGGUUUCAUGCUCAAUGCCGAGUCAUUCGUCUGGCAUCUCGAGGGCAAGCUCAAUGAUCUCGACUUGAGCAAGGAUAUUACUGUCAAUGCGUUCAAGGGCCUGAGCGGUAUUACCAUUCAAAAGUUUUCUUUACCUGGUGAUGACCCCUCCGGCAAAGGUAUCCUUGUAGAGAUUGACACUCUUGUGACCAACCCUUCCGCCAUCCAGAUGUAUAUGGGCACUUUGACCCUAGCCAUUUCGUACAAGAAUACGCUGAUGGGCUAUGUUUCCUCCAGCGACUUGACCAUGAAGCGUGGCCAGCAGACUUUGAGCAUGAAGGGUGUUUUGAUCCCACAGACGACCCCCGAAGGCCUUGCUGAUACUUCUGAGAUGAUGUCACGAUACAUUGCAAAUGUUGUGACUGACACGAUUGCGACUGGUUAUGAGGUUAAACCUGAUGGUGUCAAUUCUGUUGAUUGGUUGAGCACCGCUGUUAAGAAUUUGAAACUGACGGUUCCAUUACAGAGCCCACAGCCUUUGCAAUUGAUCAAGGCCCUGAACUUGGGUGCGCUCGGUCUGGUUUUCACGCCUCCCACCGCUUAUGAGCCCAUCACGACAUCAACUGGUGUCCUUGCCAACUACACUCUUCCCGACGGCUUCAACUUCAACAUUCAAUUCACACAAGUCGCCAACUCGUUCGCUUUGAGCCGUAACGACGUCAUCAUUGCCAACCUUAAUUCAUCUUACAAUCCAUCCACCUCAAAUAUGGCUGCAGGAACGCUGUCCUUUGAUCUGUUGGCUACGCCCUUGACUGUCCCUGAAGCCUCUCGUCAGGUCUUCCAAGAGUUCAACCGCGACCUGACUGUGGGUUCUAAUUUGCCUUUCAAUGUUGUUGGUCAUGCUUCCGUCUUCGCAAAUACCUCUAUUGGAACUGUCAAUCUCAUCAACAUCCCUUUCAAUGCAUCAACUGAGCUAAGUGGCCUUCAGAGUUUGGCAAACCCUGCUCCCACCAUCACUUCGCUACAAGUCAUCUCUGGUACUCCUACUGCAUUGACCAUGGCCAUCACGGUUGUGAUUGUGAAUCCAUCGUCAAUCUCACUCAAUGCUGGCGACAUCACACUUGACUUGGUGUAUAAAGGCGCACGUCUCGGUACAGUAACCAUGCCCAACUUGGCCAUUGUUCCAGGCGCCAACGCUGUUGAAGCUACAUCAACAAUUGAUCCUGCCGCUUCACCUGAGGGCAUGGAGCUUCUGACAUUGUAUACAAGCGGUGCAGGCGCAGACGUUAAUAUCGUCGGUACUCCUGCCAGUACUGCUGUCGAGUCCCUGUCCCUUGCAUUUGGCGCUCUAAGCAUUGGAUCCUCAAUGCCUGGUCUCCAAUCUAAGCUUUUGGCCGGUGCCUCCCUUCAAGUCCUCGAAACUACUCUUGCCGAUGGCCUUGCUCAGACUGUUGUCACUGUCAACAAUCCAUUUGUUCCUCCUAUGACUAUUCUUUCUAUCGACUCCCAAAUCACCUAUAACGGAAUCUCGCUUGGAACAGUCGUGUCAACUUUUAACUCGCCCCCCGUGGUCCCAGGUACAGGCCAAGGUACCAUCACUGCUGGCCUUGCUCUCAACACCAACCCUGAGGAUCUUGUCAGUUUGAUCCGAUCUCAAGCUAUCAAGAAUGGCUUGAGUGUUGAAGCAUUUGACGGCCUUUUGUCGCUCCACCAUGGUGGAAACCCUCCUUCGAGCUUGUUUGAAGGUUUUAAUGUGGCUGAUUUUGUGAUCAAAGCAAUGCAGGGUCUCUCUGUCGACAUCACAAUGACUACGACUGUCAAGGUUGGAGAAUACCAAGUGACCAUGCCAUACACCCAAACAGGCGUUUCGACCACUACAGAUCAAUCCAUUCUUCGCUUGAUUCCUCUUGUAGGCACCCCGAUUGCGCAACUUUUGGUGGACCGCUCUGCUCUUGCUUUUGAAGCAAUCACUAUUCUUUCACCUGCAGAAACCGGAUUUCAGACAGACAUUGUUGGAGCUAUCACGGAGACUGGCCCCUUAGAUGCCCAGAUUCAGUUCCCUAACCCGGUGACAGUCUCAUACAAUGGCAAAGCGAUUGGGUCGAUGGCGAUGCCUACUGUGAAUGCGAUUGCUAACAAGGGUGCCGCCUUGGACCUCACUGGUGUUUCCUUCACUAUCACAGAGCUUGCUGCAUUCACUGAAUUUAACGUGUACGCACUAAAUAAUCCCAAGUUUGAGUGGACUAUUUCGACGACAGGCCUUGUAGUGAAUGCAAUGGGCGUUGCUCUUCCUGGCGUAUCGAUGACCAAGAAAGUGACUCUAGACGGAUUCAACAAAUUAGAUGGCCUGCAGUUGUCAAGCUACAUAAUCAAUACUAUCGAUGAUGCUGGCUUGCACAUGGUGAUCAGUGCCUCAAUUUCAAACCCCUCGACCAUCGGUAUGACAAUCCCAACCUCGAUCUUCAACACUCAGUUCCAUGGUAAGGUCCUUGGGCCUGCUGUGGCGGAGGGCCUCACCUUGGUUCCCCAUGGCACAUCUAGCUUCGCUUUGAAUGCAACAAUCGCAAGCGGCAACGGUGAUAUGAGGCCUUACUUGACCGGCAUUUUCCAAAACGCACUCAACGGUGUGCCUACAGAGCUGGAAGCCCAGGGUGCAGGCGCGCCAGGUAUCUCAUGGCUUGAUGCAGCGAUAAAAUCACUCUUGCUUCACACUUCCUUGCCACCUCUUGCAGACCCACCGAUUGAGUCUGCGGCAAUCGAUGCCAUGACCAUGGAUUUCACAUGCGAGGCUUGUGUCUGGGCACCCGAAUCAGUCUCAACCAUCACUGCCAAGACUAAUCUGCCGUUCAGGGAUGGGGCUCCUAUCGUACAAUUGAGCCAGAAUGUCCAAGUCUUGGAUAAGAAUGGCGAACUUGUCGGAACAUUGAGCACGGCUUACUCUCCAGCGAAUGCCACGGGCAACAGUGUGACUACCAUAACUACUCAGGCUCCUAUGGUGAUUGCAGAAGGCUCACAUCAAAUCUACGAGGCCUUCAUUGCCGACUUGACUGAGGCAACGACUUACCAACUCGGACUCCGUGGAACUGCAAAUUCUGUUUUGGAUUUGGGGGCCCUUGGUCAGAUUGAAGUCAAGGGUAUUAACUUGGAUGUCAAGACUUCGCUCGACGGACUACAAGGAUUGAAGAUAAUUGAAUACGUUACCAAUAUUGGCCUGAACUAUUUCCCUGAAUUCGAAGUUGUCAACCUCGUCAACAUCAAAAAUCCUAGCAAGUUGACGUUGAAGAUUGGUGAUUUGAAGAUGAAGGUUGGAAUUGAUUACACGCCUGAAGGUUAUGCUGGUGAAUCCUUUAUCACCAGUUUGAUCCUUUCGCCUGGCGACAACAUUGUUCCAGCGAUGGUCAUGCUGUACAACGACUCCCCUCAAGGAAAAAAUGUUGUUAUUGAUAGUUCUAUGCGAGAUUUAGACCUAGCCCUGUACGCAGCCCCUGAUACUAACAAGAACCCUGCACUCAAUGCAGGAAUGCAGGGCGUCCGCACUACAACCCUAAUCGUUAAAGGCCUGCCUCCAAGGUUCAGCUCCCCUGCCUACAACCUUGACUGGGCAAUCAAAGCCUCGCCCGAGACAGUUAACAGCGGGUUCGUGGAUGUUACCACAACAUUCAAUAACCCGUUCUUUUCAACACCUUAUGAGUUCCUUUCCUACAAGGCCAACGUAACUAAAUUCCCAGCAUCUGCUGAGGGUGGUUUCCUCAAAAUAUUGGUUGGAGAUUUUUUGGAUAUGCUUGCGCCUUCAGUCCCAGAAACUGACGUGCAAUUUAAGCUUCUACCCAGCCAGUCCAUUACCGUCACUUACAAGAUGAAGUUGGUUUGGAUGCUCCCAGAAGGUAUUUCUAGCCUUAAGGAGUCUGCCAAAGCUGGCCGCAUCGAGAGAUGCAUCACUACAUUGAUGCCAGAGCUCAAGAUCGGAAAUGACCCUAAUCCCUUUUCACCUGAUUGGAGUUCAGCCACGGUUUACCAAGAUCACCCUAACCCGUAUGUCUCUGUGCAGCUUGGACCAGAUGCUGAUUACAUGUUAAAAUAUUACGAAAGGCUUAAUGGUGGUAAUGUUGAGGUGCCGGUUCCUACUGCGACCGAUUCACUACCAGCACCUUCGCCAACAGGUGUUCCCACCGAGGUAUCACCAAUACAGCCAGAACCUACCACAACAACCGAGGCUCCAGUUCAGCCGCCAAUUCCUUCGCCUGAGCCCAUUGCGACAACCGAUGAACCAGCACCCCCGGCCCCAACUCCAAACGAGGGAGCUCCUAUUUAG